AUGCCCCGCGGCCGCCUGGCGCUGCUGGCCCUGGGCGCCGUGCUGGUCUGUGUCCCGCUCCUGCUGCUGCCCGCCGCCCGCCGCCACGGCCCGGCCCGACUCCCGGCCAACGCCACGGUGCGGGCGGGAGUGACGCCGGGUGACCCCGCCGUCGCCUAUAGGGAGGCCGCCGCGCCGCGAUUCCCGGCAUCCAGCAGGCCCGACGUACUGCUGCUGCACGGCCAGGCUUUCACUUCCGGCACGUGGCAGGCCCUGGGCACGCUGUCGCUGCUCGCCGCCGAAGGACACCGCGCCGUCGCCAUCGAUCUGCCCGGCUAUGGGGAUUCACCCGCCGCAGGCUCAGUGGCCACGCAGUGGGGUCGGGCAGCCUUCCUGCAGCGUGUCGUGCGGCAGCUGGGCCUGCAGAGACCGGUCCUCAUCAGCCCAUCCAUGAGCGGCCGCUUUGCCCUGCCCUUCCUCUUGGCACAUGGUGAGCAGCUGUCCGGCUUCGUGCCCAUCGCACCCGUGGGCACGCGGGAAUACAGCGCCGUGCAGUACCAGCAGGUCCAGACGCCCACCCUGAUCCUGUAUGGUGAGCGUGACACCGGCCUGGGCCAGCAGGCCCUGCAGAGCCUCCAGCAUCUCCCCAAGCACCGCGUGGUUGUGCUGCCUGGUGCUGGCCAUGCCUGCUACAUGGACAAGCCGGACGACUUCCACCGGGCCCUGCUUGGCUUCCUGGGCCAGCUGCAAUGAUCUGGGUGCUGCUGCACUGAGCAGAGGGCAGUGGGGCCUUGGCUUUGCCCCUGUGCCUCGCUGGGAGGUGGGGAGGUGGUGUGGGGCUGGGGGUGAAUCGCCAGCAGUGCCCUCCUGCAGCAUCGCCUCUCCCUCUUGUGGUUGGGAGCAGAGGUUCCAUGCUCAUCGAACUGUGGAAUCAUGGAAUAUCCCAAGUUGGAAGAGGUGCUGGCUCCACACAGAACCACACAAAAACACUGAGAGUGAUGUCCAAACGCCCUCUGAGCAGCAGCUUGGGGCUGUGCCUACUGCCUUGGGGGAGAGGGGGCUGUUCUGUGCCCACCCAGGGCCCCCUGGUACCUUCACUGAAUUUCAGAAUGAUGUUCUGGCAGGGCAACCCUGGUGCCAGCGCUCUGGGCACGGUGCUGCGAUGCUGGCGGGGGAGGGGGGCCGCGAGCUGGAAGGAAGGAUCUGCGAGCCGCCUGUCCCGAGGCCAAUAAACACGUCGCGCUCCGGUC